AUGGGAGGCGAGCGAGGGGAGAGUACAGGGGAGGCGGAGGCGGGGGCGAGACCCAAGGCGGGCGAGUGUCUCGGACGUGCGGGAGGAAGAGGAGGCUGGAAGCGCGGGGGGCGGCUCGCGAGCGUCUGUGGGAGCAGCGGCGCCUCGGCGAUGGUGGCCGAGCCACGGCGGGGCUACUGCACCGACCCGCCGCCCACUCCGCGCUCGGGCCCGGCCCACCUCGCAGUAUCACGCCUCGCCAUUGGCGCGUCCCGACGUGACGCGCGCGGAGGCCGGGCCAAUGAGAGGCGGAGGAAAAUCACAGACAAAAAAAAGAAAAUUGGAAAGAAGCCAGAGGAAAAGAAUUUACCUACAGAGGCCCAAGGAAAGAAUUACAUAGUUUCCCUUGGAGAACUUAGCAGGCAAGAAAAGGAUUGGAGUGAGCUCUUCCCAUGCCUAGGGCAGCCCACCUGUCUUCCCAAGAAGCACUGGAAACACAGAGCUGUUCCCAAGUCUUGGACACUCACAGGAUAUGAAGCAAAGAUUUGUAUCCAACAUUUUAUUGAGAUUCAUGGCAAGGUCCCAAUUGAUAUAAUCUACCUUGCUGGUCUUAUGGCUGUCAUUAACGCUGACAACACUGGGGAGGAUUUCCGUCUGAUCUAUGACACCAAGGGUCACUUGACUACUGAUAAGAUAACACUUGAGGAGGCCAACUGUAUAGUCAAACUGAGACAGAUCUUUGUGAGAACAAAAGGAAUCCCUCAUCUGGUGACCCAUGAUGUUCAUACCAUCCGCUAUUCCCAUCCCCUCCUCAAGAUGAAUGACACCAUUCAGACUGAUUUGGAGACUGAAAAGAUUACUGCUUUCAUCAAGUCUGACCCUGGUAAUCUGUGUCUGGUGACCAGAGGUGCUACCCUGGGAAGAUUUGGUGUGAUCCCCAACAGAGAGAGACACCGUGGUUCUUUUGAUGUCGUUCACAUGAAAGAUGCCAAUGGCAACCGCUUUGCCACCAGGCUCUCCAACAUUUUUAUCAUUGGCAAAGGCAACAAACCAUGGGUUUCUCUCGGCUCUGGAAAGGGUAUCCGCCUUACCAUUGCUGAAGAGAACAAGAGACUGGGGGCCAAACAGAGCAGUGGGAAAAAUGGUCUCCAGGUGACAUGA